CCCUUCCGGCUGUCGCGACGCUGCCGUGCGUGGCGGGAACGAGGGGCGUGGGGUGAUGGCAAGCCUGCGGCGCGGGAGGAGGACCCUUCUCCCGCCUCUCCGCCGCUCCUUCGCUGGCCGCGGCUGUCACCUUGCACCGGAUCGCGGUGCCAAGCGCAGGGAUGCGGCGCCCAGCCAGGUCACAAGAUUCUGCCCUCCAAGAAAAUCCUGCUGUGAUUGGAUAGGACCCCCAGAUAAAUAUUCAAAUCUUCGACCUGUUCACUUUUACAUCCCUGAAAAUGAAUCACCAUUGGAACAAAAGCUUAGAGAACUGAGACAAGACACACAAGAAUGGAAUCAACAAUUCUGGGCAAACCAGAAUUUGACAUUUAGUAAGGAAAAAGAAGAAUUUAUUCACUCAACACUAAAAGCUAAAGGCCUGGGACUGAGAACUGAGUCUGGUCAGAGAGCAACGCUGAAUGCUGAAGAAAUGGCCACCUUCUACGAGGGGUUCUUAAGUAAAAAUUUUCAGAAGCACAUGUGUUAUAACAGAGAGUGGUACAAACGGAACUUUGCCAUCACCUUCUUCAUGGGAAAGGUGGCUCUGGAGAGGAUCUGGAGUAAGCUUAGCCUGAAACAAAAGAAGAUGCGCAAUUAGGAGUCCACGCUUACGCUGACCUUCAGAGUCUGGGUUUCCAGAGGAGCAAGUGGGUGCAGCUGCUCAUUUUACAAGGCUCUAGAAAACUGCACGUGAUCCCAGGAAGUCCCACUGCUUCUCACCAGGGCCUGGGCCUGUGUUUCUUUCUGGAUGGGUGGGACCCCCUCCUGAUUGUGGAUCCCAAGCUGGCACCUUGUCACAGACAUGGUGUUAAAUAAAGCCCAAGCACUGUGUGCCCAUUUUCUCUGUUUUGGAUUAUACCAGUUCAAAACAGAAUAUAAAACUAUUAAUAAAGUUUCACUUGGAAAAAGUUUUCAUCCACUGA